AUGUCGUUCAACAGAUUGGCUGUCUAUGCCCACCGUGGCUGGGCCAGCUCCGUGAUCUUUGAUUCCAUUGCUCAUUCAGGUGCACCUGUUCGGGUCUUGUACAGGCCAGGAUCAGAUAUCAGUACCCUGCCAAGUGGCGUUCAGGCGAUCGAAGUGGAUACUGAAGAUCAGGAUGCUCUCCGCUCUUCGUUGAAAGACAUCGAUAUUUUGAUAUCGCUCGUGGGCCAAGCAGGCAUUGAGAUACAAUAUGCCUUUAUCAAGGCUUUGCCGCAUACGGACGUCAAGUUAUUUGUACCCUCGGACUUGGCGUUUCGAUCGAAUGAACAGGGUCUCAGGGUCAGGGUUAACAAAGUGAAGGAUGAAGUUGAAAACGCAGCCAAGGCUGCUGGGAUCCCGAUGACUAUUGUCUUGCCAGGCCUGUUCGCUGAAUCUGCUUUGAGUUCUGGGUUGCUGGGUAUUGAUCUAGCUAAGAAUCGAAUUAUCUUCUCUGGUGAUGGAGAAAAUCAGAGACUGAAUAUUUGUACUCGAGAGUAUAUCGCGGCGGGAUACGCGUCCUUAUUCCCCAAGACACCCAUCGCCGAUCUUCAGGGCCGAGUAAUUGGUCUCGCGGAAUUGCGACCAACUGGUGGCGAGAUAGCCAAGGCCCUUGAGAAGAAACACGGUUCCCCUCCUCAAAUCUUCCGGCAAAGCCUGGAGGAGAUCGAUCGGAAGUUUGAAGAAAGAAUGGCUGGCGAUGGGGUUUUGACGUUGCCAUACGCCUGUCGUCGACUUUGGGGCACUGGAGAUGCUUUGAAAGCAGUUGGGUCAGAUGUCUGGGAGGUGGAAGGGUAUCAGAAAAGCACUUUAGAUGAGUUGUUUAAUGGCGGCAUAAGUUCAUAUCGGGACUUUCCAACGGAUCUCAUUGAUGCUGUGGAUGCUACUUUCUAUUGA